AGCUUGACCGCGACGCUAGGAUAUGGCCCUACUAAGACUCUACUGCUGGGAGCUCCACCAUGGGCCGUGGGAGCCGCUCUGAGCCUGCGGAAUGCUCGGCACGCAAACAAAACUGGAGAACGGUUCUGGCACCUCACCGUCUGGUGGUGGAUCGCCAUUCUCUGGUACAUCGUCGGGCUGUCCACGAUGCACACUGGCGCACGCUACGUCUUCCUGCAUCUCCUGGCUGUUGGAUACGCCGGU